AUUUACAUUUACUGAUUUACAUAAUUUCCCCCAAAUUCUCAAGCCCUAACUCCCCUAAAACCACAACCCACUAGCCCAGACCGCCUCACCGCCACGCCAAACGUCCUUCCGGCUUCCACACACCAGAACCCAGACGCGUCGACGCCUCCAGGCUCCACCGACGACAACCAGACGGCAGACGGCCAGUUUUGGUGUCUGUGUUGAUUGUUGAUUUUGAAGUGUCGGAAUUAGUGGCGGCCAAGCCUUCACCAUACGCCACUGGUUAGGUAGUUCGGCACUUCGAACAAUCGGUCUUCGACAGUUCGACUCUUUGACUUCGUCAGUUCGUCAGACACUCAGACGGCCUCGACCCCUCGACCUGCCGGCUACCGACCUGUAACUGGUGUCGUGCGUUGUGGACUCGUGGUGGUAGUCGGUACGACUGGCGGACCGGUACCUUUGGCUGUCUUCUUCACCGUUAAUUAGUUUGAAAAAGCUCGGUUUCUAGUUGGUUUUUUCCGUAAUGGAGAUCGAGGCUGAUGAAAAAGACAGGGGUCUCGUUCUGCUGAAGCAAGGCGCUGAAGCUAGAGUUUUCGAGUCAACCUUUGUUGGAAGAAGAUCUAUUGUAAAGGAGCGGUUUUCAAAGAAGUAUAGGCAUCCAACACUGGACUCAAAACUUACACUAAAGCGCUUGAAUGCAGAAGCCCGGUGCAUGACAAAAGCGAGAAAGUUAGGAGUUGCAACUCCAGUUCUAUUUGCUGUGGACCCCGUAUUGCAUACUCUAACAUUUGAGUAUGUUGAUGGCCCUAUGGUUAAGGAGCUAUUUCUCGAGUUUGGUGCUAAUGGAAUUGUUGAAGAACGUUUACAGGAUAUUGCAACACAGAUAGGGAACUCUAUUGCGAAACUGCAUGAUGGUGGCCUUAUACAUGGAGACUUGACAACCUCAAAUAUGUUGAUUCGUAAGGAUACCAAUCAACUGGUGCUCAUUGACUUUGGCCUAAGCUUCACAUCUACUUUACCAGAAGACAAAGCAGUGGAUUUAUACGUACUUGAAAGGGCAUUGAUUUCUAUGCACUCUUCUUGUGGAAAUGUGAUGGAAAAAGUGCUUGCUGCAUACAGGAAAUCCUCAAAGCAAUGGUGCUCCACAACAAACAAGCUAGCUCAAGUUAGACAAAGGGGUAGAAAACGCAGCAUGGUUGGAUGAGCUGCAGAAAAAACUUCAUCAAAUUGAUCAUGUAAAUAUCUUCAUGGAUUGUUUCUCUUUUCAGUUGUAUCAAGCUUGCUUGUAAACGUAAGCUUGUUCAAUAUUUGUACUCAAUCUUCGACAUUUUUUAAUGUUCCAAUUUGUUAGGGUUAGUCUUGUAAUGUUAGCUAGAUCAUUUUUGCAUCAUAUCAAUGAACCACUGAAUUUCUUAUAAGAAAAUUCAUCUUGUAUAAGAAAAUUAAACAAUGCUUGUAUCCAAGUUACUAGUACUUUCACAGUUUCACAUAACUAAAUACAAAAAUUAUAUCUUUUUA